GCGAGCGCUAUCGUGCUUCCAACUCUGCAAGCCACAUCUCGUUUUCCCCACUCUGCUAGGGUUUGGAGAGAACACGAGAUUUUGCAUCAGGGAUGGAAGCGGAGCCGCCGGAGCAAGACCGGGGGAUGGACUUCCUCGAGUACCUCGGCCCGGACACCUCCGCCAUCGUCUUCAGGCUGCUCGACGGCCCCGCCGAUCUCGCCCGCGCCUCCGCCGUCUCCCGCUCAUGGCGCCGAUUCGUUAUACAAAAUCAGUUCAGCAAGAUCCAGUGCCUGCGAGCUUAUCCAGAGGUUGCCAACUUCAUGGAUAUUGAGGUACGCGGUUCCGGUAGUAGCGUACUUCGAAAUGCCAGAUGGAGUGCUGCUGCCGAGCUUGACAAGCUUGAGAGGGAUCACAGGGUGUAUAUGCAACUUAGCCAUGGUCUUCUCUCGCCGUACAACGCCAAGGAUUGCAUCAGCCACUGCGUAGGCGCAUCCAGCACCGACCGUUACCCUGACGAGGCCAUUGAAAAUACACUCGAUGCAGCUGAUCGUGUGGGGUGGGUAGGGUCCUAUUGGUCCAGCAUGGGGCAUAGGGAUCCUGCUUUGGCAGAAUGCCUGAUGUAUAGGCUCCAGGCAGACCUAUGUCUCGUUGAUGAAAUCAGAAUGCAGCCAUUCAAAGCAUUUUUCCGAGAUGACGAGCCUAUAUAUUCAGCAAAGCGUAUCCGGUUUCAAAUGGGCUGUCCAAAGUCACCUCCAUGGUCUGGAACAACUAUAUAUAGUGAAGAUGAAGGGCAGCUCAUUGCUGAUAGCAACUAUAUCUGGACGUACACAUCUCCAGAAUUUCCAAUAUUGCAGGAAAAUGUGUUGCAAUCCUUUAAGCUACCACACCCUGUUCUAUGUAUCGGCGGGGUGGUGAAAAUUGAGCUACUUGGUGGAGUGGUGAAGGAUGCUUUUGAUGGUCUGUAUUACAUAUGUGUGUCUCAUGUCCAAAUAAUGGGCAUGCCACUCUCAGGAAAACUUGGGGUUGCUCCUCGUGGGACUGGUGUAGUCCUCAGUUACUAUCCGACUCGUCGUAAAACCGUACCUCACAGUGAGUAGUCAGGGGAUGACGGUCGCAGCAGCUGCACAGCUUUGCGUUGAGGGUCUGGAACUCUGCUAAGGGACAGGAGGAGGGUUGAACCAAGCGCUGUUGAGCAGGCUGUUCGCUGGCCCACUGCAGUUUGUGGACAAGGAAGAUAAAUCAGAGUAAUAAUCUACUAAUCUCCAUAGAAGAAAAGCCUAUGUCAUUGAGGUCGGGUGCCUUUUGAUUUUGAACAAAUGAAACGUACUUCAUAUAAGGUUAUCCUGAGAGAACGUGUUUGUGUAAUAUCGUGCAAAAGAAACGCAUCAUACUUGUAAUCGAAUCAUUGCAAUUUGUGAAUGAAUGGAUAUGAACAUCUUCAAACUGUUUGGAAGAAA